AUAUACGGAGAUCAUGAGGCACAUAAUCAUGUAAUUUUGUUUUGUAUACCGAUUGAAAAAGAUAGGUAACUCAUGAUUUCCACGUUUUGGUUUCGUCCUCAAUUCUGAUGAAAAAUUUAAAUAUGCAAAACCUAUAAAAUUUCCUCGUGUCUUACCAUUCUCGAUACGAGUUUUAUUAAUGUGGUAAACAUCUAACCAAAGAUUGUAAGAUAUGUGGUUUUUAUAGGUUUGGCAUGUUUGGAUUAUACACAAGAUCCUUCCCAUGUUCAGUUCAUAGAUAAUGGAUUUUAAUAUUUGAUUUCAGUAUCUUUUAUGUUUUUAGAAGACUUCAAUCGUGAUUGUUAGUUAUAUACAAAAUUCGAUACUAUAAUUACUCAAUUGAAUCGGUUUUCUUUCUUCGAUCGAUAAAGGUAAUGUUUUUUUAUUUUAUCUAGGGGAGGUGAUUAGAGUUGAUUAUGAUUCAUAACCAUCGAGGGCAGGCCAUGUUUUCAUCUAUCGUAAGAAAUCAGAACGGUACUACUGCAUAGUGUAGUGAUGUGAAGAAAUGAACUUUGUUUGAUAGCUAAAGUGAAUAUCACAAUCAAGACUAACGCUGUGGCUGUUCAUUUGUUCCCUACCUCCCUCAUAUCAUUAUGUUCUAUGCACGAGGAAUUUUACAGUGCUAUAUAAUAUUGGUGUUAUAGCCUUUUGUUUUUAUGGUAUAAUUUGAAGUUAUGCCUUUACGUUAUGGUACAAAUUCUUAUACUCUUUUGUACAAAUUCUUUUACGGUACAACGUGAACUUGUACAUUUAUGUAAUGGUACAACUUGAGUUGUACCAUAAGUAACAUAAGGGUACAAAUUCUCUUAUGGUACAACCUAAAUUUAUACAUUUAAGUUACGUUACAAUGUCAAGUUGUACAUUAAAUCACCAAUACUUUAUAGCAGAAGUCAUCUCAUGCUAAUUUAUCAUUUGACCUUUCAAUCUUUAUUAUUAAGCUGUCCAUCUAUUGUUUGAUUUGAUUUUUUGUUUUCAUAUAUAUGAGCAAUGGUUUGUGUAUAUUACCCUUAAUCACAUAUUCGCUUUCUUUAAUUAAUUUACACCUUAUUUAUCCUUCCUCUUUUAUUUGGGAUUGAUUAGAUCACACCACAAUGUUUAUAACACAACCACUAAUGACUAAACUAAUUAAGCCACAGAGCAUAACACUAGAUCUUAUUAAUUAUCCAUCACAUCGAAAUUUUAAAAACCCUUUAAACUAGAUCUUAUUAAUUAUCCAUCACAUCGAAAUUUUGGAGUGGAGUGAGGAGAAAGUCCUUUGGAGUUUCUUUCAAAUUAAUUAAUUAUGUGAUCUCCCCAAAUGAGCAUCAAGCAAACAAUUCUGGAGAAGGCAAUUCGAACAUUUGGAGCCGCACAGAUUUUGCCAACGAGACUGUCUAUACGUCAAUUGUCUGGUGGUGGUCGAUUAAUUUCAACUCUUAUUAAACUUAGUUAUUUGGUUUUAGCAAAUUAAAGCAAUAUUUGGUUUAUAGUGCUUAACUCAAGCUAUCUAGGAGGAUUGCAAAAGAUAAAAAAAAAAAUGCACCUCCCUCUUUUAUUUACCAAUUUAUUAACAAGAAGAAUUAGUAAUAAGUAGAGCCUAAAGCUAGGUAAUUUCACUAAAUUCAUCCCUAACGAAAUUCAUCCUAUCUUCAUCUAUUCUCUUUAUAAAUAUUCUUCAUGAUGGAUCAAUAUCAGUAUGUUGAAAAAUUAUUAUUCCUACUCGUAACAAUGUUCUAAUGAAUUAUAUGUUAAGACAGACUAAUUCUUAAUAUUAAUUUAAGUUUGAAAUUAAGCAAGAUCUUCUUCCAAUUUUCAUGUUUAAUCUAUCAAUUAUCAAACAAAACAAAACCAAAAAAAUGAAAGGAAUUGAAAGGGGCUUAGCUCAAUUCUCCUAAUACUGGACCCCACGUAAGAACUCACCACCCUAUCGCUCCCUUUCUAUCUUCUGCCUCCAAUUUUCCUGCCCUAACUUUCCCGGAAAAAUAAAGGACGGACGGAGGGAGGGAGAGAAAAAGAAAGCUAUGAAGGAAAGCCGCGAAAUUCCGGCUUCCACCACUGCUGCUACCCCUGAACUUUUCUCACCAGCCCAACACUCCCCUCCGCGAAUGGCCUGAGAGCGCACACAAGCAAGCGCGAGCAACAUUAAGAAGAAGGAAGAAACGAAGAAUUAGUUGGAUUGAUCGUUCCGUCUGACGUCAUUUUCCGGCGGGAGCGGGAGGGGAGGGUGGAAUGGGUGCGUCGCUAUCAAACCUGACGGAAGGUGCGAACGGCGCGGCCAUAGGGCCAGGGCUCGGCGACAUACCGGAGAGCUGCGUGGCUUGCGUCUUCACCUACUUGACGCCGCCGGAGAUUUGCAACCUCGCGCGGCUCAACCACGCGUUCCGGGGCGCGGCGUCGUCGGACUCCGUUUGGGAGAAGAAGCUUCCGAGGAACUACCUGGAUCUGCUCGAUUUGCUGCCUCCCGACCGCCACAAGGGCUUGUCGAAGAAGAAGGACAUCUACGCUCUCCUCUCCAGGCCCGUCCCCUUCGACGACGGCAACAAGGAGCUAUGGUUGGACCGAGUUACGGGGAGGGUUUGCGUGUCGAUAUCGGCGAAAGGCAUGGCCAUAACCGGGAUCGAGGAUCGGCGGUACUGGAAUUGGGUUGCUACUGAAGAAUCCAGAUUCCACGUUGUGGCCUAUCUACAGCAAAUAUGGUGGUUCGAAGUAGACGGGGUUGUAAAGUUCCCUUUCCCUCCUGAUAUCUAUACACUAACCUUCAGGCUUCACCUUGGAAGAUUUGCCAAACGUCUCGGAAGACGUGUAUGUCAUUUCGAUCAAACCCAUGGCUGGGAAAUCAAACCAGUCCGGUUCGAGUUGUCCACAUCCGACGGCCAGCAGGCAUCGUCUGAAUGCUGUCUGGACGAUACCGAUGAACUCGACGAAGAGUAUGGCAAUCACAAGCGUGGCUACUGGAUCGAGUACAAGGUGGGCGAGUUCGUGGUGACCGACUCAGACCCCACGUCCGAGGUUCGGUUCUCUAUGAAACAGAUCGAUUGCACACAUUCCAAAGGUGGGCUUUGUGUAGAUUCUGUAUUUAUCAUACCCAAUGACCUGAAGGAGCGUAAAAGAAAAGGAGUAGUCAAGUAGGGCAAAAGAACCAGAAAAACAGGAUUUGAAUGUUGUUUUAGGUUUGUCGUAUAUACAGCUAUACUAAAAAGUGAAUCAGUCGAUGAGUUUAGAGGGUUGCCAUCAUAAUUUGUUUAUCUCCUCAUGUAAUAUGCCUACGUUUACUACUUACUAUCACCUCAUGUAAUAUCUUUGCUAUGCUGUAUUAACCAAAGUUUUGCUGCAUUUUGUUCGCACCUCUGCAGAAAGGGUUUUCACAAGGAGAAUUGCUUUGAUCCUCUCUCAUCACUUUUUUUUUGCUGGUGAUUUCGUUUCGCGCAUUACUCUAGUGAUUAUUUUUUCUGGGUUGCUUUCAAGCAGAUGAUUCGGUUAGUUUCUUUUGAUACUUCGGUUCAUUUCGAGUCUGAUAGCUUUCCUAGUAAGUACGGUUUGAAACCUUGGUAAGGUUUAAGUAUACUUCGGUCCAAUUUGAGUAUGAUAAAGUCCAUCAUAGCUUUCUUAAUGGACUUUAUCAUCGUUGGCCCAAAUAGGUGCUUAAUGGACUUAUCAUCCGUGGAGAAUAGGAUCAAUAGACUUUGAUUAUCGGUGGAGAAUAGUCUCGACCAGAUUUCGUGAUCUGUAGCCUCCAGAAUCGAAAGAAAAUGACAUUUCGGAAAAAUCGCCAGAAAUCUGUGAUGAUAAACCUUUGGAAUCUGUCAAAAAUUGAUCCGGAAUAAAUCCGUCUAAAUCGGUGCUUAACAGACUUAAUCAUCGUUGAAGAAUAGCCUCAGGCCGAUUCCGUGACAUGUAGCCUUCAAAAUCCAAAGAAAAUGGCCUUUCGCCGCCCCGUAAAAUACGAAAAAUGUCAUCCGAAAAUAAAUUGGCCCAAAUUGG